AUGCGUCAAAAAAGCCGUAAAAUAAAAAAGAUAAUGUCAGAACAGCAGGUAGGAUCAGCACCCGCGUCAGCGACUGCAUCUGCGGCCGCAUCUGCGACUAGCGUCACUGAUGAGCAACAACGCUCAGGCAGCAUUCCUGCCAUAGGAAGCCAGCAAGGCAGUAUUGCUUCAGAAGAGAAGGUAUACGGUGGCUGUGAGGGACCUAAUGCCAUGUAUGUGAAGCUGAUCUCAUCUGAUGGCCACGAGUUCAUUGUAAAGAGAGAACAUGCACUGACCUCUGGUACUAUCAAGGCUAUGUUGAGCGGUCCCGGACAGUUUGCUGAGAAUGAGGCCAAUGAAGUCAACUUUAGGGAGAUACCUUCGCACGUUCUCCAAAAGGUGUGCAUGUAUUUCACAUACAAGGUGCGCUACACAAAUUCAUCUACUGAAAUCCCCGAGUUCCCGAUCGCGCCGGAGAUCGCACUGGAAUUGCUCAUGGCUGCAAACUUCUUGGACUGUUAG